AUGCCUGGGAAGAAGAUAGCACGAAACCUUGAGAUAUCGGAGGGUAACUUCAGCAAAGUAUUCACGACUUGGAUAAAUUUUCUUUGUCGUGAAUUAAAAGAUAUCACGAAACUUCUUACAGUUAGGCAAAUACAGACACACUUUCCGAAAGCAUUCCACAAAUUUCCAAACACAAGGUUGGUGUUAGACGCAACAGAAGUGCGAAUCCAGAGACCAUCCUCCCUAAAUGCUCAGAGGCAGACAUUCUCAAAUUAUAAGCACUACAAUACGUACAAAGUAGUAGUAGGCUGUACGCCAGAUGGAUAUAUAAGCUUUGUGUCGCGCCUUUGGGGCGGGUCUGUAUCGGAUGUUGACAUUGUUCAGAGCAGUGGAGUGCUUGAUUCCCUUGAACCUGGUGAUGCAAUAAUGGUUGACAAGGGAUUUAAUUUCCCUUGUGUGCCUUCAGGAAUAGACAUAUACAUUCCUCCUUUUAGGGAGAAAGGCCAAGCUCAAAUGCCCUGCAGUGCCGUUCUCAGCACAAGAGAAGUUGCAUGUGCAAGAGUACAUGGUGAACGAGUAAUCAGACGAGUUAAGGAGUUUCACAUCUUAGAUGGUGCCUUUCCCAUUAGCAUGGUUGAUAUUGCCGAGCAAAUAUUUCAUGUCUGUUGCUACCUCAGUAAUUUUAGAUUGCCCCUCAUUAACGAAAUAUGA